AUGUCAACCGACGUCGUUUGGGUUCUCUUCCUCCUGGCCUUCUUCGUUUGCUUUCUUCCCUCCGGCGGGAUCCGCUCGGAGAUCCUCCUCCCCGGUCAACUCGGCCGUGACUCGGCGUCGAGUUGCCCUGCUCCCGAUCCCAACCUCUACAACCAGCCGGUCAUCGGAAUCGUCAGCCAUCCCGGCGACGGCGCCUCCGGCCGCCUUAGCAACGCCACUGGCAGCUCGUACAUCGCCGCCUCCUACGUCAAGUUCGUGGAGGCUUCCGGCGCCCGUGUUGUUCCCCUCAUCUUCAACGAGCCGCCGGAGAAGCUUUUGAAGAAGCUCGAACUGGUAAAUGGGGUUCUCUUCACUGGUGGAUGGGCUAAAAGUGGUUUAUAUUUUGAAACUGUUACAAAAAUAUUUAAGAAAAUUUUAGAGAAAAAUGAUGCUGGAGAUCAUUUCCCAUUAUAUGCAGUUUGCUUAGGUUUUGAACUCAUAACGAUGAUCAUAAGCCAGGACAAUGAUAUUCUUGAAGAGUUUAGUGCAUCAAAUCAAGCAAGUACUAUUCAAUUUGUGGAGAAUGCAAAAAUCGAAGAAUCUGUCUUUCAAAGAUUUCCUCCAGAAUUGUUAAGAAAGAUGAGUACAGAUUGUCUUGUCAUGCAGAACCAUCGUUAUGGCAUUUCUCCUGGAAAGCUUCUGGAUAAUCGGAAGUUAUCUAGUUUUUUCGAGAUCUUGACAACUUGCACGGAUGAAGAUGAUAAGGUUUACGUUUCCACUGUACGUUCACGGAACUAUCCUGUGACUGGCUUCCAAUGGCAUCCAGAGAAAAAUGCCUUUGAAUGGGGUUCACCAAGAAUUCCACACACGGAGGAUGCCAUUCAGAUAACUCAGUAUGCUGCAAAUUUUUUGGUCAGUGAAGCUAGGAAAUCCAUUAACAGACCAGUUACUCAAGAACUGCUAGACAAUCUCAUUUACAAUUACAGUCCCACUUAUUGUGGGAAGGCUGGGAAAGGAUUUGAUGAAAGUAAUGAGAGUAAGAUGUUUAACAUUGUAACAAAAGCUAUACUCAUUCAUGUGUUGUCCCCUAUUGUUACCCUGUGUUUGGCCUUCGCUUCUGCCACAAUUAGUGCAUGGGUGAAGAUGGCUUACAGAGAACUGAUAACUUUUUUGGGACUAUUUUCUGUUGAAGAUGACUUGCAGUGCUUUUAG